GCGCGCGCACACACACGCACAGUUGCUUUCUGUCUGGGAGUCCCUGGACAAUGAUGACAAUGACUUGGAUGGGAUUCUGAGCUGGAAAGAACAGGGGAAGGAGUGAAGGUGGAGGACAGUUUCCCUUUCAUGUCCCAUCUCUCUUGGCUUUCUGCUAAGCAGCUUCUCUGGGACUCUCCUGGGCCUCUGAGGCACGGAGCUGAGCUGACCGGAGGAGCCGGGAUCAGGGACUAAGGGAGACUUAAAGCCCAGAGAGGAGGUGUGAUUUGCCUAAGGUCACACAGCAAGUUAGAGACUCAGCUCUACCACUUAUUAUAUUGGCUGUGCCUUCUCACCAUCCCGCCCCGCUCCCAGCUCUGUGGACUUCCGACCCACUGCAUGGCUAUGGAGAGCAAAGGGGCCGUCCACGAGGAUGCGCCUCCUGUGGUCUUCUGGGUCCCGGAGGAGGCAGAGAAGUUGGACCAGGAAGGCAAGGGCCAGGUGAAGGAUCGGGGCCAAUGGACCAACAAGAUGGACUUUGUGCUGGCAGUGGCCGGGGAGAUCAUUGGGCUGGGCAAUGUCUGGAGGUUUCCCUAUCUCUGCUACAAAAAUGGAGGUGGAGCCUUCUUCAUCCCCUACCUUGUCUUCUUCUUCACCUGCGGCAUCCCGGUGUUCUUCUUGGAGGUGGCGCUGGGCCAGUACACCAGCCAGGGGAGCGUCACAGCCUGGAGGAAGAUCUGCCCCCUCCUCCAGGGCAUUGGUCUGGCAUCUGUGGUCAUUGAGUCCUAUUUGAACGUCUAUUACAUCAUCAUCCUUGCCUGGGCCCUCUUCUACCUGUUCAGCUCCUUUACCUCUGAACUGCCCUGGACCACAUGUACCAAUAACUGGAACACAGAGCACUGCGUGGACUUUCUGAACCACUCGGGAGCCAGCACAGCGACCCCCUCUGAGAACUUCACCUCACCUGUCGUGGAAUUCUGGGAGAGACGAGUUCUGGGCAUCACCUCGGGCAUCCACGAGCUGGGGGCCCUGCGCUGGGAGCUGGCCCUGUGUCUCCUGCUCGCCUGGGUCAUCUGCUACUUCUGCAUCUGGAAGGGGGUCAAGAUCACAGGCAAGGUGGUUUAUUUCACAGCCACGUUUCCCUACGUGAUGCUGGUCAUCCUCUUGAUCCGAGGCGUCACCCUUCCCGGGGCCUAUGAGGGCAUCGUCUAUUACCUGAAGCCAGAUCUGUUUCGCCUCAAGGACCCCCAGGUGUGGAUGGACGCAGGCACCCAGAUCUUCUUCUCCUUCGCCAUCUGCCAGGGGUGCCUGACAGCCCUGGGCAGCUACAACAAGUACCACAACAACUGCUACAGGGACAGCAUCGCCCUCUGCUUCCUGAACAGUGCCACCAGCUUUGCGGCCGGGUUUGUAGUCUUCUCCAUCCUGGGCUUCAUGUCCCAAGAGCAGGGGGUGCCCAUUUCUGAAGUAGCCGAGUCAGGUCCUGGUCUGGCCUUCAUCGCAUUCCCCAAGGCUGUGACUAUGAUGCCCUUAUCCCCGCUGUGGUCCUGCCUUUUCUUCAUCAUGCUCAUCUUCCUCGGGCUGGACAGCCAGUUUGUCUGUAUGGAGUGCCUGGUGACGGCCUCCGUGGACAUGUUCCCCCGGCAGCUCCGGAAGAGCGGGCGACGGGAGCUCCUCAUCCUGGCGGUGUCGGUCACGUGCUACCUCAUAGGGCUCUUCCUGGUCACCGAGGGCGGGAUGUAUAUCUUCCAGCUGUUUGAUUAUUAUGCUUCCAGUGGCACAUGCCUGCUCUUCCUCUCAGUGUUUGAAGUCAUUUGCAUCAGCUGGGUGUAUGGGGCUGACCGUUUCUAUGACAAUGUUGAGGACAUGAUUGGCUACCGGCCAUGGCCCCUGCUGAAGAUCUCCUGGCUCUUCCUGACUCCUGGACUUUGCCUGGCCACUUUCCUCUUCUCCUUGAGCAAGUACACACCCCUCAAGUACAACAACGUCUACGUGUACCCUCCCUGGGGGUACUCCAUCGGCUGGUUCCUGGCUCUCUCCUCCAUGAUCUGCGUCCCGCUCUUCAUCGUCGUCACCCUCCUGAAGACCCAGGGUCCCUUCAAGAAGCGCCUGCGGCAGCUCGUCACCCCUGACCCCAGCCUGCCACAGCCCAAGCGACACCUGUGUCUGGAUGGUAGCACUGACCAGGCCUGCACGCCCUCCCCAGCAAGGGAGGGGCUGAUAGCUGGGGAGAAAGAGACCCGCUUGUAGGAUGUGGCUGGAAGCCAAGUGGCUCCUGAGCCAGCAACCUAGGUCAGGGCCACUCGCUCCUGGCAAUGGACAGCCUUCGCCUCUGUCCCCUCCACAGUCCUGCUGAGAACCUUUCAGUGUCCAUGGGCACCCCUAGCUGGAUGCUGGACUCCUGUCCUCUCCUCAGCGGGUGCGGCUCCUCCUGGUGGGCUGAAGACGCUCCCACUGGAACAUGCCAUGCUGUGAACGACUCCCUGUUGGAACACGCUGUCAUAUUUAUAAAGGAGGGUGGUCUGAUUAUAACACGGUACACUGGGCGGGAACUCCCCCGUAGGGAUGUUUGCUGUUCGAGCUUACUGUAUGUGUGCAUUGGGAGCAUAGCGCCAAUUGGAAUACAUACUGUGAUCUGACUCAGAGAGCCUGACGGAAUGCAUAGUGUUGGAAGUGGCAUCUGAACAUACCACACUGGAUUCUGACAUUCCAUUAGAGGGUCCUUCAUUAGGCUUAGCCUUCUGGAGUCCAUGGGGAAGGAACUAGAGCAACAGCCAGGAGGCAAACCUUCCCAUGCCACCGCUGUCUUGAGUUUUCCCGGAGGCAGUCUCUCCAGGUGUCCUAGCUCCAGCUUCAGUUCCACUCUCUUCCUGCAAUGUUGUCGUCAACUCACAGAGCACUGGCAUGGAAGGGACUUAGAGAUGAUCCCUUGACUUUGCAAAUACAUGGCACCUCUGUCUCCGUGGUCCUAUGCCCAAAACAGACAUUGCUAAUCCAUCAUGGAGUCUGUCCCACCUCCGUCCUUCCAGAUAAGUGCUCCAGGCAGCUCCAUUUGCCGUCCUGCUUUUGUUCAAACCCCUGACUUCAUGGAUGAGGAAACUGAGGACCAAAGAGACAAAAUGACUUUUCCAAGUUCACACAGC